UAGUGCUGUCAAAUGAAUUGGAAGCAAGUUGUUGCAGUGCUAAAUUUUGCUUUUUUCCUGUUUCACGAAACAUUAUUUAGCCAAUGCUUUUUUAGAAAUAACCAUUUACGUUCAUACAAGUCUAAACUUAGUAUUAUGAUAGUGUGAACGAUUAGUAAUCAAUGCCUAUAGAGUCUGUUUUUGCCUACACAACGUAUUUGUCAUACAAAAUGGCAGGAAAGACGAAGGGUUUGCAGACUUAGUUGUAAUGAGAUCAUGAUAACCAGAGUGUUGUUGAGUGUGUUAAGUGGGUGGACAGUGAAUUGAGUGCGGAAAUGUGGACAUAGCGCAUAAGAUGGGUUCGCAGACAUUAGAGAUAUUACGCCAAGGUGUUUGGGCAUCUCUGACAGGAGGAUGGUUCUAUGAUCCGCAUCAAAAUUUGUUUUGCAACACAGUUCACUUGUAUAUUUGGCUCUUCCUGCUAUGUCUACCUUUCUCAGUAUAUCUGUACUUCCCUCCAGCGAGUCUAGGUUGGAUAAUCUACUGUGCGCUGGUGGCGGUGCUGUUCACGUGUCUGAAGCUCCUGAACCACGGGUUGCACCAUAUGUACGACACUAGCGAGUGCAUCGUCAUCCAGCCCAGCGGAGACGCAUCUACGUCCAACAACAAUACAGUACCUGAAGAAGGCAUGGAGAUGCAGAUGCUGAGGCUCGGAGGCGCAGCCGCCGCGGGCAGCGACAACGAGUCGGUCACGUCUCUGGAGUACCACAAGCCAAAUAAUAGUACGAUAGAUCUAAAAGUAGAUGUUCAUCGUAAAAAUAGUUCAGAAUCAAGCAUAGAAGACAGUGCAACAUCCGCCAGGCUAGCCGAGGCCACCACCAAAUCUGACUUGUGCGUCGCACAAACGUCAGAAAUGCCGGGCCCUUCGAAAACCCGUCCACCGAACAGAAGCCGGUCCAAAUCCAGCCACAAAAGAGAUCAUAGGACUAAAACUAGGAGGACACAUGGGAACCGAAUCGACGAACUAAUCGUCGAGGAAAACUCCAAAAAUCCUCGUGUAGAUAACAAUUUACCUGUGCAUAUGUUAAUAGAUGAGGGUCCAUUCGCGAAGGUCAGCAGGAGGUAUCACGAGUGUGCGCACAGGCGAGGCUCAAGCAACAGAGACUUUUUCAAAGAAUGGCUGUAUUUGGACGCCAACGAAGCUGCCGGUGAGCCUUACCAGUCCAAGUUCGCUCGGCAGCUUAGUUCCGACUCGAGGGAUAAUUCAGAACCGAGCGUGGGGCCUCCGUCACCUAAGAAACGUAUUGCGCAUAGACGCAGAUACACAAAUUAUCCAGACGAAAGUUGCACAAAGUCAGCUAUAGCGUUAGCCACGGCGCAAUCCUCCAAUAUGAGAAGGAAUUCAAAUUCCACCAUGUCCACAAUACAGCUGCCACUUCUCAAUUCUACUGCGCAACUGGUGUCGCACAUGAGAAGGCAUUCCAACAACGCCGACACCGGUUUCUUUGCGAGUGUUGAAUUAGGAGAGUACAUGAUGGUGAAGGCCGAAGCUCCGAGUGGGGAAGUAGACAAAAACAAAGGAAAAAGUCCCGGAGUUCGAAGGAUAAAAAGUGCCGCAUUAGAAAUUGGGUGUCCACCUCCCAGUGUGUCCAAUCUCUCUCCUCAUCCCAAUAGUGCGGAAACAAUAGGCGGUCAAAUGCUGAAAAAUCCCAAAAGCGCGGUAAUCCCUCCUCCUAGUAAAUGUUUGACCCGCGGUCCACAUUUAAACCUAUAUCCUAAAAACGAAUCGGGCGAGGGUUGUAGCUACCCAUAUCUGACGUACGGUUCGGAGAUAGUUUAUCCAAUUGCAGAAAUAUCUGAUGAAAUGCAGACUUCCCAGAAAGAGACAGAUUUAGAUUCUAGUGGAGAAAGUUAUAGUGACUAUGACGAUGAGAAACAGUUUCGUGGAUUCGACUGGGAUGCGGAACAAUCGCCCGCGAUGCGCUCCAGCGAUUCAGAUUUUGAAAACAAUGGCUCUAGGUCGCCAUUGCUUGACCGGUCUGCAGACGUAAGAGUCGUUCGCACCAAAAACCAAAGCGAUUGUAAAAAGCAAUGUUGUGAUCGCCACCCUAGUUCUAAACAUAAUCCCGACUGUCCAAAUGACAAAUCUAAACCAGUAAGACUGAAAAAAGUUGUAAAAAGUGAGCCACAAUACGACAGUAAGCGUCCUGAACGUCCGAAUAAUCCAUGUGAAUGUAAAUUUAAUCCAAACGCAGAUUAUUUUGAUAAAGCAAGUGCAAGUUCAAAAGAUUUACUUAUAGAAAAAUCUAGUUUAGAAUCGAAUGAAAAUCCAGACCAAUCAGAGAAAAGGCCAGAAGUUAGGAAAAUUGCUGAAAAGAAACUCUGGGACCAUGAUAUAUCUAAUUCUAGCACUAGUAGUGAUUCUAACAUAGACAGGGGACAAGAAGAUAGUAAGGAAGAUAAAAAUAACGCGCCAGAGACUGAGGAGUCGCAAUUAACUUGUGACAGUAAAAGUGCUGAUGAAAGAAGUGUAUACAGCUUAGAUUGGCUUUUUGAAGAAGCGCCGCAGCCUAUAGCAUCGACCAGCAAGGAAGCGGAGGCUUGCUCCCUGCCCAAUGACGAGGUGCUAUGUCAAAAACUUGCCAAUGCUUUAGGUGAAUCGUCUUCCAACGUUCCAAAAAACUUGGGCGCUAUACCAAAGCAGAUAAAAAACUUAGCGCGUUCACGAGCUUCAUCCCAGAAGGAGAACAAGAAGAGAGAUUCUAAGGAUUCUAAAAAAGAAAAAGAUGAAAAUAUAGAAGAUGAUAGAAUCCUUCUGGAUGCUGUUGAAGCUCAGGCUGCUUUGGUACAAGGACUUGAAUGUUUGUUCGCGGCUACUAAUGCUAACACCGUAGUUAUGCCUCCUCCGAAUCGAGAGGAAAGACCACGAAGUCACAGGCAAAGCAUUCGAUGUGAAAGGGAGAAUUCUCACAAGACGAGAAAAAGGUCCAUCGAAGAAGUGGCACAGACGUCCACAAAUACUCUACUUCCCACUUCAAUGCCAUUAUUGGCUGCAUUCCUUAACUCUAGAGUAGAUUUUAUGCCUUGCUGUGUACCUGAUAAUCCUGCUGCGGAGCCCGCGCCACACGCAGAGGAAGGAACAAGACUGAGACCUCUAAUGGACAGAAACCAUAGGAACCGCGUGCGGAAAAUCAAGCGCUCAACGAGACAGCGUAAUAACCCACAAAACAAUCCCGAUAAAAAAGACAAACCCUCAAGUGCUGAAAACCCGAAUAAUUCCACCAGUGUACAUUUCGCGACAUCUUUUGAUGACACGACUGAUGGAGCGAUACAUUGUUUCAUGGACGAAUAUGGGAACUGGAUGUCAUACACAUUUGACAAAAACAGUUCAGGUCGGGCGCAAGCUCAACCUAUACCAUUACCAGAGAAAGAGGACAAUGUCAGACUAAAUAGGGUGAAACCCAUUGAAAAUCCAGACAACUCCCAGGAAACUGCCGGGGAAGGCAGUUGUGGUUCUCUAGAAUCGGAAGCUGGAAAUAGCGAGAGUAUAGCAAAAAAACGCGGCGACAGCAUAGACCAAAGCUCUUCGAACCAGGGAAGCAACAAUCCCCUUCUAUCCAGCAACAAUAAUAUAUCUACAGUGGUUGCGAUAAAUACUAAUAAUGCGAAUAAGCGCUUUUACGUCUUCGACGGAGGAACUACUUCUCACGCAGACCAGCCAAGGUCUCCAGUUGCUUAUGUGACUGAUAGAUUACUAGAACAAAUUGAGGCCGAAAGACAGUCGAGGAUGGGCCUGCCCAGUAUGCAUAUUAACUUCUUGAUGAGCCAGCAGAGAGCACAACAACAGGCCCAGCAGCAAGUUGAGAACACUUCAGCGAACUUGCCAAGUCUCAUGCCUUCCAUAGGCGAAGAAAGCGUCGAAAUCAACAUCAGAAGCAAAUUCUCAAGACUGCUGGAUGAUUUAGAAAAGGCUAAUCAACCGAAACCAAAAACAUAUUACAAUUUCAAGUUUUCUAAAUGCUUUGAAGUCAAAGUUACUAUGGAUAGGUUGAAGCUCAUGGCGCUUUUCGAUCGUAACUUGACAUUCAGAGAAACAUUCAUAUCUAUAGUCCUCGCGAUAAUGGUUGCUGUUUUGGGAUCGAUGGUUCUAAAUCUCGGAUUCUACAGGGAUAUUUACGCAUUUUGGUUUUGUUUUAUCAUAGCGGGAAGUCAAUAUUCGUUGUUGAAGAGCGUUCAACCGGACUCCGCGUCUCCGGUGCAUGGAUUUAAUAAAAUGGUUGUGUUUUCGAGACCUGUGUAUUUUUGUUUGUGCGCGGCGAUAUUAUGUGCAGUGAAUGGGUAUUUGGAACAGACUACUCCAUUGUCAGACGAUUCGCAUAACAGAAGCAAAAGAAGUGCUGAGGAGGUAAAAUCCCUCGUAGUGUAUGGAUUCGAAUUGAACGAAAGAGACUUCUUCUACGUUAUUCAAGAAAUUCUAUCAAAAUUUCUGCUGUUUUUUCCAUUGGCAUUCAGUUUCGGUUUCUUUCCGCAAGUGAAUACAUUUCUUAUGUAUUUGUUGGAACAGAUCGACAUGCAUGUAUUCGGUGGAAACGCUACGAGCAGUUUGAGUGCGGCAGUAUAUUGCGUCGUACGAUCUCUGGCUGCUAUAGGAGUGCUAUACGGCUUUGCUUACAGCGGGCUAGUUGAAGGCAAGAAGUCGCAACAUCAGAAGCACAACAUACUCUUUUCCAUAUUUUGUGGGCUUCUCGUCCCGAUUGCAUAUCACCUGAGUCGAAGCGCAAGUGACUACAGUUUAAUCUGGAACCUAAUCAAAAAGCAUUUACUGCCCCCGGAAUUAUAUGUGAUGCAUACUCCUGAAUGUGCUCCUGAGAUGAAUAAAGACGAGCCGAACACGUUGAGUGACGAUAAGAAGAACAAUUCAGAGAGUAACAUUUCUAAACACAAUUCUAUUGGGAGCUCGGCGUCCAAGAUUAACUUUAGCUCCGAGACUAAUAUAGCGAAGACGCAGAAGCGUUCUCAGACGUCGAGCGUUAGCUCACUGAAGAUGGACCCUCGCGCAGGGGACACUAUGAACUCGACUAUGUCAUUGAAGGUUGACCCUCCUACAGAAACAGAAGACAAAAGCCGAGAUUCUAACACCAACAACUCGAGUAAUAAAGAUCCCGCUGACAAACCUGAUGAAGACAUGGAGGAUCCACUGCCAAAGAAGUUGCAAGCAACCGUGAAUGCUCGUCUAAAGAAUGACGUCAUAGUAUGCACUUUUCUUGGACUGUUCGUGUUUGGACUCCACUGCACGACUGUGUUCACGACGCUUAGACCGCAACUUAACAUGGUUCUUUGGAUAAUAGCGGGCAUCCUCGGCUGGGUGCUGCACUAUCUGACGCCGCAGCUGCGCAAGCAGCAGCCCUGGCUGUGCCUGGCCGGGCCCGUGCUGCGCCAGCACGAGCACGCGCAGUUCGAGGUCACCGAGCCCGCGCGCCUCAUGUGCUUCGAGCGGAUAUUCGUGUACCUGUGUUUCCUGGAGCGCAACGUGUUGUACCCGGGCGUGGUGAUUGCGGCCACAACGCAAGACGCGCCGGCCAUCGCCGCCAAGUAUGGUGACGCCGUCGGCGCGCUCAUUAUAUGCGUGUGCGCUUUGAAAUGUCUCAGGAACGCUUACUCAGAGCCCGAUUCCCAGUACCUCAUCCUGGUAUUCGCUUUCCUGCUCUUUCAACGGGACCUGAGCAGUCGAAACGUAUCGGAAACGUUCCUCGUGGACUAUUUCAUUACCGCCAUUAUCUUCAGCAAAGUCUACGAAUUCUUACUCAAGAUCCAGUUCGUGGUGACGUACAUCGCGCCGUGGCAGAUCACGUGGGGCAGCGCGUUCCACGCGUUCGCGCAGCCCUUCUCCGUGCCGCACUCCGCUAUGCUGUUCCUGCAGGCGGCGCUCUCGGCGCUGCUGUCCUCGCCUCUCACGCCCGCGCUGGGGAGCGCGAUAUUCAUGACGUCAUACGUGCGCCCGGUGAAGUUCUGGGAGCGCGACUACAACACCAAGAGGGUGGACCAAAGCAACACCAGGCUGUCGUCGCAGCUUGAACGCAAUCUCGGAUCCGAUGAUAACAACCUGAAUUCGAUAUUCUACGAACAUCUGACCCGGUCACUACAACACUACCUGUGCGGCGAUUUGAUGCUUGGUCGGUGGGGGCAGGUCCAACAGGGAGACUGCUUUGUUCUGGCGUCGGACUACUUGAACUGCCUCGUGCACAUCGUGGAGAUGGGCAACGGGCUGGUGUCGUUCCAGCUGCGCGGCCUCGAGUUCCGAGGCACGUACUGCCAGCAGAGAGAGGUCGAGGCCAUCUCGGAGGGGCCUGAGGAGAGCAGCGAGGGCGUGUGCACGGGUCUAUGGUGGUGCGGCGGGCGCGUCCUAGCCCCGGGCGCGGCGUGGGCGCUGCGCUGGCUGGCGUGGCAGCUGGCCAGCGCGCGCUACGUGCUCGAGGGGUACAGCGUCAGCGACAACAGCGCCGUCUCCAUGCUGCAGGUCUUCGACUUCAGGAAGGUGCUGCUCACGUACUACGUCAAGAGCAUCAUCUACUACACGAUCCAGUCAAACAAGCUGGAAGAGUGGCUGGCGUCGCCGGUGCUCUCAGAAGCGCUGAAGCCUAUGAACGAGCGCGCCUUCGUGGACCUAGACCCGAUAUUCAACGUCAACCUCGAUGAAGAUUAUGACUUUCGGGCGUCGGGUAUUACUAGGGGCAGAUUCUGCGCGAUAUACCAAGAGUGGAUAGUCCACUGCGGCGUUCGACGCGGCGCGGGCUGGCGGCGCCGCGCGGCCGCCAAGGACUCGGCGCUGGUCACGCUGUGCUUCGCGCUCAGCCUGCUCGGCCGCCGCGCGCUGGCCGCCGCGCAGCACCUGUCCGCGUCCAGGUACCUUCCCGCCGCCGCAGCUGUGUGUAGCGGGACCUGCACCGGCGCCCGCGAGGACUCGGCGCUGGUCACGCUGUGCUUCGCGCUCAGCCUUCUCGGCCGCCGCGCGCUGGCCGCCGCGCAGCACCUGUCCGCCUCCAGGUACCUUCCCGCCGCCGCAGCUGUGUGUAGCGGGACCUGCACCGGCGCCCGCGAGGACUCGGCGCUGGUCACGCUGUGCUUCGCGCUCAGCCUGCUCGGCCGCCGCGCGCUGGCCGCCGCGCAGCACCUGUCCGCGUCCAGGUACCUUCCCGCCGCCGCAGCUGUGUGUAGCGGGACCUGCACCGGCGCCCGCGAGGACUCGGCGCUGGUCACGCUGUGCUUCGCGCUCAGCCUUCUCGGCCGCCGCGCGCUGGCCGCCGCGCAGCACCUGUCCGCCUCCAGGUACCUUCCCGCCGCCGCAGCUGUGUGUAGCGGGACCUGCACCGGCGCCCGCGAGGACUCGGCGCUGGUCACGCUGUGCUUCGCGCUCAGCCUUCUCGGCCGCCGCGCGCUGGCCGCCGCGCAGCACCUGUCCGCCUCCAGGUACCUUCCCGCCGCCGCAGCUGUGUGUAGCGGGACCUGCACCGGCGCCCGCGAGGACUCGGCGCUGGUCACGCUGUGCUUCGCGCUCAGCCUGCUCGGCCGCCGCGCGCUGGCCGCCGCGCAGCACCUGUCCGCGUCCAGGUACCUUCCCGCCGCCGCAGCUGUGUGUAGCGGGACCUGCACCGGCGCCCGCGAGGACUCGGCGCUGGUCACGCUGUGCUUCGCGCUCAGCCUGCUCGGCCGCCGCGCGCUGGCCGCCGCGCAGCACCUGUCCGCCUCCAGGUACCUUCCCGCCGCCGCAGCUGUGUGUAGCGGGACCUGCACCGGCGCCCGCGAGGACUCGGCGCUGGUCACGCUGUGCUUCGCGCUCAGCCUGCUCGGCCGCCGCGCGCUGGCCGCCGCGCAGCACCUGUCCGCCUCCAGCGUCGAGUUUUUCCUUUACGGGCUGCACUCGCUGUUCAAAGGCGACUUCCGCAUCACGUGCGCGCGCGACGAGUGGGUGUUCACCGACAUGUCGCUGCUGCAUUCCGUGCUGGCGCCCGCCAUCCGCAUGGCUCUUAAACUGCACCAGGACCACUUCAUGUUCCCCGAGGAGUACUGCAGCAGUUCAGCGCUGUACGCGGCCAUAUCGUCGCACGCGCAGCGCCUCGUAAUCUGCCACGAGGCGGCGCCGGCGUGGCGCUACAAUGUGCUCAGGGGCGCGCCGCAUUUGCUGGCAUUGAGGCACGUGAUGGACGAAGGCAACGACGACUACAAGAUCAUAAUGCUGAACAAGCGCCAUCUAGGCUUCAGGGUGAUCAAACUGAACCGCGAAUGCGUGCGUGGGCUCUGGGCUGGACAGCAGCAGGAGCUGGUCUACCUCAGGAACAGAAACCCGGAGAGAGGCUCCAUACAGAACGCUAAGCAGGCCCUGCGGAACAUAAUAAACUCGUCGUGCGACCAGCCCAUCGGGUACCCGAUCUACGUGUCGCCGCUCACGACGUCGUACGCGGACACGUCGCCGCAGCUCUGUUCCCUGCUGGGUGGGCCCGUCACCGUCACCGCCAUCAAGCGUCGCAUCGUAGCCGCGUGGCGACGCAUUCGGCGGCGGUGCGGGGAGGGCUGCAGCAGCGGGGGCGGCGGCGCGUGCGCGGCCGAGGCGGGCGCGGCGCGGCCGGCCGUCACGCCGCGACACAACGCGCUGCACCUGUCGCGGACCUCGCUCGGUGAGUGUAGCGUACUGUCCCCAGCACGCGGCGGAGGCGGGCGCGGCGCGGCCGGCCGUCACGCCGCGACACAACGCGCUGCACCUGUCGCGGACCUCGCUCGCACGCGGCGGAGGCGGGCGCGGCGCGGCCGGCCGUCACGCCGCGACACAACGCGCUGCACCUGUCGCGGACCUCGCUCGGUGAGUGUAGCGUACUGUCCCCAGCACGCGGCGGAGGCGGGCGCGGCGCGGCCGGCCGUCACGCCGCGACACAACGCGCUGCACCUGUCGCGGACCUCGCUCGCGGGAACUAGAGGCAGCCUGGCGAGCGCGGGCAAGCCGACCUCGUCUACGCUAGCAUCACUGGCGGGCCUACUCCGGGAGCACUCUCAUGAAAGGACCCUGGAGGAAGCUGCGUACGCAAGCACACAAGACAACAGCUCGCCCCGCAGGCGUAGCGAGGAGCGAGCCAGCUCCGCGCCGCCGCGUCGUGAACGCAAUAUGCGCGCGCGAAACGCCGCCAAGGAACCCGCCCGACAGGCCAGUAGCAGCCGCAGCCGGGCGCGGCGCGAGCGCGCGGUGCCGGCGUCGUUCCGCCUGCUCGCCGCGUCAGACAACUUGCGCGCAGAAUCGCACGCCGACGACGCGCAGGGAUCAACUGGUAGUGGCUGGGAAGGAGCUUGGAGGGACCAGCCAAGACGCGCGGCGAGUGCUAAGGUAUCGAGCGGGCGCGUCCCGAGCGCGGAAUCGUCACUGGAAGACCUGGCGCUAGCUCCAAGCGGAUUGGACCUGUCGCUGCCCGACUGCAAGAUCAUCGCCAACAGGAACGCCAGGCAAGACAGAGACUUUAAAAGAUACUUCAUAAACGAGGGCACAUCUAAAGACCUAUCGAAGCUCAGCAAAGAGAUACGUCACGAGCGCGAGAGCUACCGAGAGCUCACCGGUCGAUACAUCGAGAAGCCCGAAUCGAUACCGUUGAAAGAGACUCACUACUCGGACUUGUCCCACAAGGAGUCCGUCCUGAAGAAGGACUCGAAAAAGGACUCUAAAACUAAAGAGAUAAAGACAAAGAUCAAGCGCUCGGAUUCGGGGAAGAGUGAGUUGAAGAUAAACGUCAGUGUGGGGAGUAAAGUGUUGAUAACGGAGCCUUUGGGAGUGUACGAUUGUAUCAACUUGGGGAGGAGGAUUGACGUGCAGUGGCCCUCUGAGUACCAGAGGGAAAGGGGCGGGAGAAACUUCUGGGGCAGCUGGGUGCCUCUCGCGGGGAUGGAUGGACUGGUGGUGCACAAAUGGAUUCCAAACCAUAGGGACCCCAAGCUCCGCUCACACGUAGACAAAAGCAUCCUGCUCAUAGAAAUUGAUGAUAAAUUCGUUCCUAUCGCGGAAAACUGUGUGCAAGACCUCGGCGACGAAGUUUAAACUUUAUAGCAUUGACGUAAGCUCUAUUCUUGCUUAUCAGUCUUGAAUUUAGACUUAAGGAUUGGACUGUACCUCGACUCCUGUAUUCUUAACGCGAAGAUCUCCAAAACAAACCUUAGUUUAAACUAUUCAUCUGAUUCUCAUUGUAAUAUACUAAAAUAUUAUGUUCCUAUCACUGAGAAAUUUAUUGAAUGACUCGAGAGGCAAUGAAAUCUGACAGUUCCUGAUAAAGUGAAAUGAUAAUGAUGAAAUUUACAUCCUCUGUCAUAAUUCACAGAUCAGUUCCACAAAAUAUGUUAUCAACCCAACCUUUUAUGUUAUAAAUAGUAAAUAAUAACUUGAACGUGAGCUAAAUACUCAUAAAAAUGACAAGAAGUAUGUAACCCUGUUAAUAAAAAGGGGUAACGUAUGCAAAAUCAAACCAAACGCGAACGAGAUUAGGUUGAGUUCGCUAGUAUCGAAUUUAAAAGCGUAAUUAUGUAAGUGUCGGUGUAUAUUUUGGCUAUUUGUACUAGUUUACAAUCUUACGAAAAAUACGGUAGAUUCUGAACCAAUAUUAGAUAUAAUUAAACAUAAAAUUAAGCACCUAAGUAAAUACUUUCUGUUUAUAAAACUGAGCCCCGAUUACGGUAACUUUUAACGUCUACAAUCCAGACGCGCUUCAUCGAUUCUGCGAUACGAUUGGUCAAAACAGCUGACGUACGCUGUUUUGAUCAUUACGCUGACCAAUCGUAUCGCAGAAUCGAUGAAACGCGUCUGGAUUGAAAACGUUAAAAAUUACCGUAAUCGGGGCUCUGUUCUGAUAGCCACCAAUAGAAUAAAGUUACGAAUUUCAAGUUUAUUCAGCCGAUUUGAAGUUAAUAAAUUAAUUCAUUCCGUUUCUCGUAAGUUCUAAACUAGUAACGAGGGUAGGAAAUUAAGAAUAGCGGACAGUGUGAUCUAAAUUAGCUAGACACAGAUCUUUAGAACUUGUGUUAUUUAGUUAACUGCCUGAUUUUUAUAUUUUUUUAUAUUUCUUUGAAGUUCCUCUCUUUAGUUAUAGUAAUAUGGGAACUAUGAAUUGUAACCAAUGUCUUAAAAGUUUAACUACAUAAGCUAUGAAGUGUUACACGCGUAGACACUGUUUAAAUAAAUUGUGCCAAGACCAAAGGUACUAUUGAUCCCAAAUGUGUCACAAACUAUUGUUACGAAAUAUUUGAUUUUAAUUUAAAAAACGCAUCUUAGGAUGCAUAAAUACAAUCAUACGCAGGUACAAUGGGUUAAAAAUAAGCUUUAUAAUCUUUAGAAAAAUGAAAUGUACGUCAUUGAUAAAAUUUAAGUACAUUUUGUGCGUGUAUAAAGUAUUUAUACAUAAUAAUAAAUUGUAAUAUAAAUUUCCUUGUAACCAAAACCUGAUUUAUGUUACAGUAUAGUUUGCAUAAACCCAAAUCCACGAUGUAUAUACAUAAGAGUAAACGCUUUGUUGUGUGUGAGUAGCUUUAUGGUAGACAGGUUCGUUCGCUGUGUAAAUAUAAUUGUAUAUAAUGUAAAAUAAUAUGUAAACAUUUGUAUAUUUAUCUCUUAAUAUAUAAAAAACGUGUAUACAUUAUUAUGAUAAGAAGAGUACUCUUUUUAUUUUUGUUAUGUUUUUCUUCACUAAAUUUAAGUAAAAAUUACUCCCAAAAAAUCUUAGUCUUUCUUCGACACCAAAUGAAUCUUUUAUUAUGAAAUAUGUAUUAGGUGUUCUCUUUUAAGCUGAGUACACAUUCGGUCGCCGCCUGACGUAGUCUGGGACAUAAAGUAUCAUAAAAAAUGCCUUUGCAUUUUAACACAGAAGUGUGUACGAGGCUUAAUUACUUUUUAAUUAAUAAUGACUGUUGUUUGUUAAAUAUGUAUACUUGUGAUGCAUUUUUAUAUCUAUGUAUUGUUUAUGAUCGAAGGUAAUGUGAAAUUAUGGCACGUUGAGUUUUAUAAAUUUAAGGGGAUUUAAAUUAUUAAAUAAUGUUAUUGUACAAUCGGAGCGCGCGCAACACUAGUUGUAUACCUAAUUAUUAUAAGCACAUAUCGCAGAUAUUAUCAUACUAAAUUGGAAAGUGCUAAUUCAUUAGUAACGUAAACUGUAUCAAAAAGAAAUCAUAAUUUUGUGGAAAUCGGUCUUGAGUUUCAAUAUUUAAUAUUAAAAUUAUUUAUAUCGUGACUCAAAUGCGGUAUUUAUUCGCGAGUGUGCUUGUAAUAAGCUUGAUUGAAAACGAUUUUCUUUCUAAAGUUAUUAACGUUUGAGACCUUCCCCGUCAUGUUGAAAUGUUUACAUUAUUAUUAUGUAUGCAAUGCACAUUCUAUCCUGCGGCGGGUUGAUAGUACUAGUUUUUAAAUCUUUUGACAAAUCUUUUCCACUAAAAGAAUCUUGUUACCUAUUUCAAAACAUUAAAGCAUUUUAACGAUCUAAAUUUAAAUCACGAUCUCUUUUUAAUAUUUUUUGAAGAUACAAUCGAUAUUUAAACUAGUAUUUUCACUCGCUUUAGUAUCCUUCGCAUUUGCUAUCUAAGUGUACAAUUUACAUACCAAUAAGUUAAUUACAAAAAUAGUCUUAUAUUAUAAAAUGUUAAAGAAACUGCUUGUUUUACGAUGACAUUUUAACUUCAAUGGAAUCUAAUCUUCCUUUCACUGGUAGCAAAUGCGAACGGACCACAAAAAUGAGUAUAUAUUCUCAAGUUGCCUUAAUAUAUUUUAGACUGAUUUUUUAUAAUCGUGAGCGUAUCUAAGCCCAUAUUAUAUAUGAAUAGAUAAUUGUUAAGAUAUAGUAUUGCGCUCUUGAAUUUAAUUAUUUAAAAUAUAAGAACAUCGCAAUGUACUUAUGCUCCACUUAAAGGCGGUUUACACUAUAGAGUCCACCGAAUCAUACGUGGCGAUCACCUAUAAUGUUCUUGCAUUCGAUUCUCUAUCAAUGUGUACUAUAGUUAUUAUUUCUAAGGAACACUAUUCCUUGAAACUUAUGAAGUUACAUGUCAAUUUCGUUCGAAUUUUCUUUACCUCACUUGUGUUUCGCUCGUAAUACAAUACGUUAUAAUAUUGUGUCGUGUGUCAAUGGAUGAACGGUAUGCAGUUGAUGUCUUAAAAAUAUUAACAAAGUAGAUUUUAAAUGAUAGGAAGCACAAUCCGUCCACAGAGAUGUGUUUUCUGCAUAUGCAAACAUGACAUUUGACUUGAUUUGAGUUUUAUGAGAUGUACACAAACAAAAUAUGUACCUUAUAACACUUCAAAAACGAAUUUAUUGCAUUAUUUGUUAGGGCAUAUGCAGAUUAAAAACGUCAGAGUUCCAUUAGGCAUUGAGUGAAAACCGCCGAAUAUAACUGUUGAAUUGUGUUAUUAUGAAUAUCAAAAUAAAUAUCCCGAAAUAAAGUGGUACUUGGAA